AUUGUAAGCCAUGGCGAAUUCUGCUUUGAAUCGACGGAUUUCCACCAUGAGGCAAUCAUUCUUCGAUGAGGGAAUAUUAGGUGAACAAUUUAUCCACGUGGAGCGAUUAGGUGACGACGAUCCACACUUUCUAGAGAGGGUUCUCACUACGUAUUUCAGGGAAUCAACCCAGAGUAUAGCUACCCUACAAAAUGCAUUGAGGUCACCUUCGUGCAACCCGGGUGCACUGGAGAGGCCACUUCAUAAGUUUAAGGGAGCGAGCGCCAGUAUUGGGGCCAUUAAAGUGAGCAACGAAAUAGAUGAAGCAAUUCAUGGUUGUAGAGACGAAGACGUGGAGAGGGUUAAGGCUGCUGUAAGACGGAUACAUAAUGAAUACACUAUCUUACGUCGUAAAUUCGAGCAGUACUUUCAGAUGAUGCGACAAGCUGGGCCUUCUGAGCGUGCUGUUCGUCCCUAG